GACAACCCGGCCUAAUCGCUAUGGCAGCGGCGUCUCUGUGGGCCGGGCCUUCGCUCUCCGCCUACGGCAGGGCCACCUCUCUGGCAUGAGCGGGCCCUCCCGCCGCGGCCCGCUGCUCUACCCACUGCUGCAUCCCAGCUGUGGGCCAGUGCUGGGAACAUGCCCCUGGCCGCGUACUGCUACCUGCGGGUCGUGGGCAGAGGCAGCUAUGGGGAGGUGACGCUCGUGAAGCACCGGCGGGACGGCAGACAGUACGUCAUCAAAAAACUGAACCUCCGAAAAGCCUCUAGCCGAGAGCGGCGAGCUGCUGAACAGGAAGCCCAGCUCUUAUCUCAGCUAAAGCAUCCCAACAUUGUCACCUACAAGGAGUCCUGGGAGGGAGGAGAUGGUCUGCUGUACAUUGUCAUGGGCUUCUGCGAAGGAGGUGAUCUGUACCAGAAGCUCAAGGAGCAGAAAGGGCAGCUUCUGCCUGAGAGUCAAGUGGUAGAGUGGUUUGUACAGAUUGCCAUGGCGUUGCAGGUACCGUCUAGACUCCCAGCAUCUGAUUGCUCCAAGUAUUUACAUGAAAAACACAUCCUUCAUCGGGAUCUGAAAACUCAGAAUGUCUUCCUAACAAGAACAAACAUCAUCAAAGUGGGUGACCUGGGAAUUGCCCGAGUAUUAGAGAAUCACUGUGACAUGGCUAGCACCCUCAUUGGCACACCUUACUACAUGAGUCCUGAAUUGUUCUCAAACAAGCCCUAUAACUAUAAGUCUGAUGUUUGGGCUCUGGGAUGCUGUGUCUAUGAAAUGGCCACCCUCAAGCAUGCUUUUAAUGCAAAAGACAUGAAUUCUUUAGUUUAUCGGAUUAUUGAAGGAAAGCUGCCACCAAUGCCAAGAGAUUAUAGCCCAGAGCUGGCAGAACUGAUAAAAACAAUGUUGAGCAAAAGGCCUGAAGAAAGACCCUCUGUGAGGAGCAUUCUGAGACAGCCUUAUAUAAAGCGUCAAAUCUCCAUCUUUUUGGAGGCCACAAAGGCGAAAACCUCUAAAAAUAACAUUAAAAAUGGUGAUUCUAAAUCCAAGCCUGUUGCUACAGUGGUUUCUGGAAAGGCAGAAUCAAACCACGAAGUAAUCCACCCCCAAAUACACUCCUCUGAGGGCUUCAAGACAUAUAUAAUGGGUGAAGAAAAAUGUUUAUACCAGGAGAAACCCAUUGUUGGUCCCUUGAAGUCACCUGACAGUCUGAAAGGCCACAGCUUUAAACCAGACUUGCGCAAUACUACAGAGUCACUAGCCACCAUCAGUAGGGUAAAUAUAGACAUCUUACCUGCAGAAAGGAGGGGCUCAAUGAGUGAUGGCUUAGUUCAAGAGAAUCAACCAAGCCACUUAGAUGUGUCUAGUGAGUUAAAAGGUAAGUGCAAUAUUUCUCAAGUGAAGGAGGAGACGCUGCAGGAUAUCCCCAAAUCUGGUGCUCAGCCUGAAAUCCCGAUUCCUACAUGGUCCUCUAAUGUUAUCACUGGGGCAAAGAAUGAACCAGUGAAGCCUCUUCAGCCACUAAGCAAAGCCCCAAAGCCAAAGUACCAGGAUCAAGUUGAUGGUGAAGGUAUUAAAGAAAAACAGGGAACUGUCCUCUCAGAUUUACAGCCACACAGCUCUGGGUCCGAACCUUCCCAGUCUCGACAGCGACGGCAGAAGAAAAGGGAACAGAUUGACAGUGGGGGAAAGAGACAGUUCCAUGAGCCACCUCAACUUCUGCCUUUUCAUCCCACUUCUGGAAAAGUGGAUGUCAUACCUAUACAAAAAGAUGCUGAGAACCAAAGUAGCAUGGUGACUGGGUCUGUGAGCAGUUCAAGGAGCAGUGAGAUAUCAUCAUCAAAGGUUUGUGAGAGCAAUCGACCAUUAUCAGCCAGAGAGAGAAGGCGACUAAAACAGUCACAGGAAGAGAUGUUCCCCUCAGGCUCUUCAGUGAGGACAGCUUCUGUGAGUGCAGCAGAAACCGCAGGGAAACCACAGGAGGAAAGCCAGCCUGUUCCUGCCCAACAGUUCUCUGGCUGCAGCAUUGCUCAGGUGCAUCACACAUUCCUAAAGGAAAAGGAAAGGAAACUGAUUCAUUGUUUAUCUGAGGAUGAGUUAAGUUCUACAAGUUCAACUGAUAAGUCAGAUGGGGAUUCCAAGGAAGGAAAAGGUCAUACAAAUGAAAUGAGUGCCCUGGUACAAUUGAUGACUCAGACCCUGAAACUGGAUUCUAACGAAAGCUAUGAAGAUCUCCCAGUACCAAAUCCAGUAUCAGAAUUUAAACUUCAUCGCAAGUAUCGGGACACACUGAUACUUCAUGGAAAAGUUGCAGAAGGGGCUGAUGAAAUCCAUUUUAAGGAGCUACCUUCAGCUAUCAUGCCAGGUUCUGAAAAGAUCAAGAGAAUAGUUGAAGUUUUGAGAGCUGAUGUAAUUCGGGGCCUGGGUGUUCAGCUUUUAGAGCAGGUGUUCCAUCUUUUGGAAGAGGAGGAUGAAUUCAAGAGAGAGGUACGUUUGCGGGAGCACAUGGGCGAAAAGUAUGCAAAUUACAGUUUGAAAGCCCGCCAGUUGAAAUUUUUUGAAGAAAAUGUAAAUUUUUGAAAAUUUGUUCUAAUUUCCUGCCAGGACCAAAGACCUAUUUUCAAA